CCUAGUUUCUCUGUUAACUUAAAUUUAUGAAUUAAUGCUUGAUUUCCGUGAUGCAGAUGCGUCUCUUAUUGAUCUGUGUUUGUAAUUCUGUGUUUUGUUUCCAUUUUAAUUGAGCAAUUGAGAAUGGUGAUGGAAAUUACUUUGGUGAAAUUGAUUUGAUUAUGAGUGAAAUUCGAAAUAGGCAGAUGCAUAUUGAUUUCUCUGUUUGAUGUUUCUUCUCGUCAAUGCUUAUUCCCAAUUGAAAAUAUGACAUGUUUGUGGAUGAAAUGUGUAGUGCAAAAUUAGAAUUCAGUAAAAACCUAAACAUGAAAUUUUGGUACUUGAUCAUUAUUGUGUUGAGAGGUUUGGGUAGAUGGUCGACAAAAGGAGACGUAACAAUUCAGGGCUCAGUGAAACCUAAACAUGAAAUUCUGUUAUUUGGCUAUCAUAGUUGAGCAUAAAGUUAUUUUUCUUAGGCUGAAGUCGUUGAAGGCAGAUGAAGGGAAACCUUUAGUGAUGCUAUUAUUAACACUUAAUGGGGAAAGUGUUUUUUUCUGUGUAUGCAUCCUGUGAAUCUUGAUUUUGAUCUCUGCCCUUUUCGAUGUUAUCGUGCAAUCAAGUAUGAGUAGAUCUGCUGGUUGGAACUUCAUUGCUUAUAUACAACUACCUACCAUGAUCAUGUGAAUGGACUAGCAAAAAAUUGGCAGUCAUAGUUAGUUUACAUAUGUCAUAAUAGUACUUUAUGGGAUCUAGUUGCUUUGGAUCUCUUAUAAGUUGAUGGGGGGGCUUUUUUUUUCUACUUCUUUAACUUUAUAAUUUCUUGGCCCUCUUUAUCUGAUUCAUUCAGAAAUUGUUACUCCUUUACAAAUCACAUCUGAUUGCAAUCAUUGUGCUAUCUAUAUGUUCUUAGUUAUCAGUUCCAAAUGUAAUACACAAGCUCAAUUAUAGCCCUUUUGCACUUGAUUUAUACCCCUUUAUCAUAUAUUAUAUGCUUAUCCAUUUUCUGGGCAAGUAGUUUACAUUUUUGGGCAUUAGUCGAGGGUUGGAUUUGUAAUAUAUGAACUUUUCUUUCAUCAUUUUCCUUUCCUUUCUUUGGAUGCAACAGUUAGGAACUUUGAUAACCAUAUUGGUUUUUAUGCAGAAUUGGGGUUAUUUUUAUUAAUUGGGAUUGUUGGCGGCAGGUUAACCGAGGUUCUUUUGUGGGAGCUAAAGUUGUUGGUGGGAUAUUGAGUAGUUGUUGAACUUGUAUUUUGUGUUUAUUUGGAAACUAAACAUGCCUGCGCUAAAGGUUGAAACUGGUCACCAAGAUGUUGUUCAUGAUGUGGCAAUGGAUUAUUAUGGUAAACGCCUUGCUACAGCUUCUUCAGACAGCACUAUCAAAAUAAUCGGAGUUAGCAGUUCAGGAUCUCAGCAUCUUGCAACUCUAUCCGGUCACCAAGGACCCGUGUGGCAAGCAUCAUGGGCCCAUCCGAAGUUCGGUUCUCUCCUAGCUUCAUGUUCUUAUGAUGGAAAAGUUAUACUCUGGAAGGAGGGUAAUCAAAAUGAAUGGACCCAGGCUCAUGUUUUUGACGAUCAUAAAGCCUCUGUCAAUUCUAUUGCAUGGGCUCCUCAUGAACUCGGGCUUUGUCUGGCAUGUGGAUCCUCAGAUGGAAACAUAUCAGUUUUCACUGCAAGAUCUGAUGGUGGAUGGGAUAAAUCUCGAAUUGACCAGGCUCAUCCCGUUGGUGUCACAUCUGUCUCUUGGGCCCCCUCAACGGCCCCUGGGGCUCUUGUGGGUUCUGGUCUACUCACCGCUGUUCAGAAGUUAGCAUCCGGUGGCUGUGAUAACACAGUGAAAGUGUGGAAGCUCGACAACGGAACAUGGAGGAUGGACUGCUUCCCUGCUCUUCAUAUGCAUACUGAUUGGGUAAGGGAUGUCGCCUGGGCUCCGAAUUUGGGACUUCCAAAGUCCACCAUUGCAAGUGCUUCUGAAGAUGGGAAAGUUAUAACAUGGGUCGCGGUCAAGGACGGUGAUCAAUGGGAAGGGAAAGUUCUGAAUGAUUUUGGAGCCCCCGUGUGGAAGGUGUCGUGGUCACUCACAGGGAACAUCCUUGCUGUCGCUGAUGGUAAAAACAACGUAACGCUGUGGAAAGAAGAGGUAGACGGAGAAUGGCAGCAGGUGACUACAGUUGAAUGAUAAAUCUAGUUGUUCUUAUCAUAUCUUUUCCAGGUACAGAGGAUCUUGAGACUGCUUUGCUCUCUAACUAUUACUACUAUGUUACAGUUUAAUUUGAUUAACCUGUUGGAAAACUAUAUAAUAGUAACUGGUGAUAUCUACAUUUGCAUUUGAAUAUGAUUUAUGGACAAAAUAAUUACUAUGUUUUGAUUGUUA